UUAUGGGCUGUAGAUAUACUAUAGCAUAAUAUUACAGUUGGUGGAGAGACACUGAGGAUCAUGGGAGAUAGAGUUAAACCUCCAGAGAUGAAAAGUUGUGGAACUAUGGAGUUAUUCCAGAUGCACAAUCUAACACAUUUUCAUUUCUUUCAGACAUAAGGGAAUUGUUUCCUCUGUCUGGUGUCUGCACCUGUCAGCCUUAGCAGCACUGACCUUAUAUCCCUUAAAUCGCCUUUCAGCCAUUCCCUUAAUGAGUCUGCUGUUCCAUAUACAACGAGACAGACAGUGAGUGUACAUGUGAUGAAGGUCCAGGAGUUUAUUUAUACGUAGCGUCAUAAUCUUCUCAGAGCGUGAGGUGUAUAAGAGGGCUUCAUCAACACAGCUCGUUAUGAAACAGCAGACCUGAUCUCUACAAGACCAACAAGGAUAACACAGCAACACAGGGGUUCAAACUACAAGAGAAUGAAUUUGGAUGUGGCCAAACCAGAAGCAAAGGCUAGCAGCAAAGCCCUGCCACGAGUCACCGGCCCAGGAUCUGGUCCACCCAAGUUCAAACAGAGGAGCAGCCGCCAGUUCAAGAGCAAACCUCCCAAGAGGGGAGUGAUUGGAUUUGGAGAGGAGAUCCCAGGGAUGGAAGGCCUUGGAACAGAUAUUACUGUCAUCUGCCCAUGGGAAGCAUACAGCCAUCUAGAGCUACAUGAACUGGCUCAAUAUGGAAUCAUCUGAGUCUCUUGGCUGAUAAGUUAUUUUUUAUAUCUACCAAAGGGAACUGAUGGGGCAAACUUCAACUGAAUCUGAAACUAAAGAAGUAGCGUGAAAAAGGACACGUGCACAUAGAUUCUGUUUUUGUCUAAGUUGUUUUAUAAAUUUAAUCUAUUUUCAUACAAGUCUGAAGAUUCUCAAGAAGAGUCAUUUCUACAUGCACAACCCAUUGAUGCUCAGUUUGUCCUUAAAGUCUGAGGUUGCAGUGGAGGCAGUGACUGGGAUUCUUUGUUAGUAUCAAAGGCAGAGUUUUUUUUUGCAAAUUUGACAGCAUUAGGUCUAAUCUGAAUAAAACAUUGCAUUAACUCAA